CUCUCACAUCUCAGUCUGGGAGCACCGGAGCACAGCCACAGCUCUGGAGUGCAUUCUCGGGACAUGCAGCUACACCUGUAAACCUUGUUCAUUCAGUCCGUGGCGCAGUGAUCAUGUGCACACAGCAGCAGCACCUUCAGGUGUGUUUUUAAAGCUGUGUUGAUGAGAUCGUUGGAGCUCGGAGGCAAAAGGAAGCAGCAGAGGAGGAGAGAACGACGUGCAGGGACGUGGAUGCUGAGCCGCUCCAGUCUACAGUCAAGGGGCCGGCACUGAGGACGAGACCCGACCCCAGGAUUGGAUAGCAGCGCCCACCGGAUGCUGACAACCGAAUCCACCAGUUGUCAACCCAAACUCCGCUGCUCAGAUGUGCGCCAAACACGCUCCAACUCCCCGGGAAGAGAAGCUGAUGGAUUGUUCUGCUCAUCUCAGCUGACACAUCAAGGGCCUGAAACUUUGACAGCAGCGUCAUCAUUAACGCAGAGACCCGGCAGGAUUACACUGUGAGACCAAAGAGCAAUAAAACACAGCUCUAAUUAUCGAAUGAAACACACAGCCUCCUCUUCUCCAGGCCUCCGCCCUUCAGCUGACCAUGUGUGAUGGAUAUGAACAAAGGUAGUGCGAUGACUCAGGUCUGACCCUGGAGAUGCCGAAGAGACGAGACAUCGUCGCCAUCGUGUUGAUCGUGUUGCCGUGGACACUGCUCAUCACUGUUUGGCACCAGAAUGCCAUCACUCCUCUGCUCGCCGCUCGGAAGGGCAAAGAUGACAGACGUGAUGGUCGCUCGGGCUCCAGGAACACCUUCGCCUUCAAGGAGUCCUGCUCCCUUCAGAACCGGGACAUCGUGGAGGUGGUGCGCACUGAGUACGUCUACAGCCGGCCUCCUCCAUGGUCUGACAUCCUGCCCACCAUCCACGUCAUCACCCCCACCUACAGCCGACCCGUGCAGAAGGCCGAGCUGACACGUCUGGCCAACACUCUGCUGCACGUCCCCAACCUGCACUGGAUCCUAGUGGAGGACUCCCAGAGGAGGAGUGCUCUGGUCAGUCGACUCCUGCAGGAAACAGGGCUGAACUACACCCACCUCAACGUGGAGACACCCAGGAACUAUAAAGUACGAGGGGACACCAGGGAUCCCAGAAUACCUCGGGGUACCAUACAGAGGAAUCUGGCCCUGCGGUGGCUCAGGGAGACAUUCGGAGUGAACAGCAGCCAGGCGGGGAUCGUCUACUUUGCAGACGAUGACAACACCUACAGCCUGGAGCUGUUUGACGAGAUGCGCUCCACUAAAAAGGUGUCAGUGUGGCCUGUGGCCUUCGUGGGCGGCCUUCGUUAUGAGUCGCCUAAAGUUAACACCUUCGGAAAGGUGUACGGCUGGAAGACUGUAUUUGAUCCACACCGGCCGUUUGCUAUAGACAUGGCCGGGUUCGCCGUGAACCUGCACCUCAUCCUGUCUAAACCUCAGGCUUACUUUAAACUGCGAGGAGUGAAGGGAGGCUAUCAGGAGAGCAGUUUAUUAAAGGAGCUGGUCACUCUCAGCGACCUGGAGCCUAAGGCUGCUAACUGCACCAAGGUUUUAGUAUGGCACACACGGACAGAGAAACCUGUGCUCGUAAAUGAGGGCAAGAAAGGAUUUACAGAUCCUAAUGUGGAGAUAUGACAGAAUUCUAUCACAGAGGAGGGGUUUCUCCUUUGUACUCCACCUGGAUUCACAUCCUCAGAGCUUCUUAAAGCAAUAGCCGAGGUCAGAAAUGUUAUCACAGCACAGUAGCUGCUCUUCACCACCGCUUAGAAAUGGAGGCACACACCAGUCCACCGCUGGAGGACACAUAAGCCAUGUGCGUGAUCCGUCCACAGAGUAUCAAAGCACAACAGCACAAAACAAGCCGACUUGUUCGGCUCGAAGCGCUGGCUGAUGCGAGACACUGGUUUGAGGUGCCAACAGGAGGAUGCCAACUGAUGUCUCCCCGGAGAGAUGAGACAAAGGAUGCUGCGCGAUUUCAAACUGCACGAAGAGAUGCCACUGCAAGCAAUAAAGAGCCCUGUGAGCGCAGAACACACCAGCCUACCAUCCAAUUAGCAUUAAAUAGGGCCCUUUUGUUCUGGAGCGAGCUGGCUGUCGGGCACAGGGCUGCACAGAUGAAUAAAGGGGUCCUUGUUUAAAGUGAGUCAGCAGUGACUGACAGACUGCAUUGAGGGGAUCUGAGCCCUCCCCGCUUGUACUGUACAACACUGAGCUAUUUAGAUAGCACCCUGAACCCAGCACUAAUUAGGAGUCCUGUUACUUCUCCACACACUCACUCUGCACAUGUUGAGCACAAACACAUGCACUUAAAAACACGGAGCAAUGAUUUAUUCCAGCACUCCGUUGUGUUAGAGUCUUGUUUAUUUGUUAUAUGCUGUAACACUACUGAAGUCUGCUCAUAUCCAAGAGAAAAUUCAGCAUUUCUAUGGACCUGUCUACUUCUUCAUAAGCUAAUUAAGAUCCCAGUGGGAGCACUGACGGCUUCUCAGCCCAAUUAUUUAUUGUUCAAAGUAACUUGUACCAUUAACUUCUCAGUCGUGAGCGCUGCUUGUGUGAGUCGACCGCAUACGAGGCCAUUAAUCUGAAAAUUCAUGUGCAUCCUUUUCAAAUAGCCGUUUUACACAAUCUAAUUAUUCCCACCAUGGUUGGCUGGCUGAAAGGGAUAACUUUAUACUCCGUUGACUUGCAGUAGCACUUUUUAAAAAAUGCUAAUGUUCUCAUACUGUGUGACUGUUAAGGGAUUGGUCAGUAAUUUAUUGGUUAUUCAGGCAUCUGAAACCUUGAACUU